UGGUUCACGUGGUGCAGGCGAAUCGAACGGACCUAAGAUUUACCGUGUUUUGUGAUUUACCUUUGGUGCGAUGAAGCGCAUGUGCAUCUUGGCGUUGCUUUCACGACGCCCGAGCAGUCCGAGACUUCUCUGUACAGCAGCAGCAAAGCCUGCUUCGGAAGACGUGCCGCAUUCAAGCGAGAAAGACUCCGAAGACGAAAAACACGUGUACAGCAAUCUGUACCCGUGGAAGUCUAAGGGCGAGUUUGUGAGAGAAUUAGCGGGCAGUAUAUUUUAUAACGAAGAUGGGCUUAUUGCACUCAGCAAACCGUACGGGGUUCCCGUGACCUUUGAUUUCCGUAAUGAAGGCCGGUCCCAAAGUAUGCUCAAGCAACGCCUUCAUGUCUCGGGCCUUGGAGAGUCACCUUACAGUCUAGAAGAUGCCCUGGAAGGCUUGGCAAUCCACUUGAACGUCGACCAGGUUAUUAUUGUCAAAGCAGCUGAGAGGUAUGCUAGUGGUGCCACCAUUCUGGCGUCCAACGAGCGGGCUGCACAGCGCACCCACAAAGCUGUACUGCGGGUAAAGCCGAUGCAGAUAGCAUACACCACUGCAUGGAUAAUUGCCAAAGGUUACCCCGUGCAUGAUGAGGUCAAGGAAAAGGUCGCCAUGAAGCUUAUAUCUGUGGGUGACUCAGAAAAACGUGUAGAAGUGUUACGGAAGUUCAGUAAAACUGCGGCCAAGUCACAGUUGGUGAAGACCGUAACUGCCGAGUGCCGGACCUUGAGCAAGAACACCAACAUGGCCGUGAGCCUGCUUCAGGUGGCCACAUCAAACGUGCACAAGAGUUUCUUGCGUGCUUAUGUGGCCAGCUUGGCAUCUUGCGUGAUGGGUGACUUGAGCCCUAACGCCUGCCUCACGAAACACCACCAAGGGCGGCCCUUGGUACUGUCUCCUAUGGCAGCUGGUGCUGCCAGACCUCAGCCUCUUCCAGACGCAGUCUGCAAGCAGCUGCGAGUAUCCAAGACUCAGCAGCAAAUAGUGCCUACCAUGGUGCACUACCAAAGCUUACUGCUGCCUUGGUACCACGGAAAAGACCAACACUUGCUUCUGAGUGAUCCCACACUGCCAAAACACUUCAGCUGGACCCUAGAAAGGCUUGGUCUUGUGCCAAGCUUGCACCCGAAAAAAUGACUCCUGUGUGUAGGUGCCAUGUGUGCUAUGGUCUAAGCGUGUAAUGCGAAUGAGUGAUAUUGCAUGACAGAAACUCAUUUGUACUGUCAGUUUAUGAAUUCGCUUGCCCUAGGCCCAGGAUGCUCUAGAAAAGCAAUAAAAGCAGCCCAUCACUACGAAA